AUGGCCACAAAACCCUCUGCCCGCCUUGAGCGCCACUGCCUUGUAACAGUAGGCGCAACAGCGCGCUUCACCCAGCUCCUGACCGAGGUCUUGUCCGCCGCGUUCCUCGACUUCAUCGCCGAGAGCCGCUACACGCACCUCACCCUGCAAUGCGGUAAAGACUACGCAGAUUUCUCCCGCCAGAUGCUGCCUCCGCUGCUGAAUCGGUAUCCUGGAAUCGAAAUCACCGCCUUUGACUUUGUCGACGAUCUGACUACCGAAAUGGUAAAGUGUCGAGCUCAGCCGGGCGUGCGCGAGGCUGGUGUGGUCAUCUGUCAUGCAGGCACGGGAACCAUCCUCGACGGAAUGCGCGUUAGCGUCCCCCUCGUCGUGGUCCCCAACCCGACCCUCAAGGAUAACCACCAGGUCGAGCUGGCCGAGGAGAUUCAGCGCCAGGGCUACGGGAUCUGGGGCCGCCUCGGUGACAUCUCGUGGGCCCUGGAGCAGCUGGCACUGCAGCUCGAUAAGACCGAGCAGCAGUACCGGCCUCACCCCGUCGGCGUCGGCAGCGGCAGCGGGGCGGCGGCGGACCCGGUGGAUGUGAAUCUUUGGCAGGUCAGCAGUGCGUUAAUGAAUCGGUACUCCGAUGAAACCGGUCCUGCCGUACCCAGGAGGACCAAAGUAACUGACGGCGGCGGUGCUGGAGAAGUCCAGCGGGAGGAGGUGGCGCAGAUGACGAUGGGCUAG